AUGUCGAAGCGUUCUAAGCAGACUGGAAAUUUUUAUAAAAAACGAACUAGGUUGUUAAACGAAGCUGCAAGUAGCGUCGAUGCUUUAAACAUCACACUAGAAGCAGCUUCGACCACUAUAUGGCCUGAACUAGGAGUGGAAAUUACGCAACAGGAUCUUGAAUCUCUGUUUGCAUCAUGCAGUUCUGCAACUGGAGCUGUCGGUAGUAUUAGAAGUAAUACUAUCGAUAAUACGAUAGAAAUCGAGGAUAUGGAUGUAUCCACCGAGGAAGGUAUUGACGCAGAUGCCACAUAUCAUUUCAUGAAUAAUUUAAAUUUGAAAGAUGCACUUGUGCAUCUUAUAACUCUGGUCCGUGCAUCUCGCUUUUUAACCGAAGGGUUCCUUGCAAUUUUGAGAAAGUACUUCAACGCAAAAGUACCCAAAACUAAACGAACCCUUUUAAAAACGCCCUCCCAAAUUGGAUCUGAAAUCAAAUCAAUUCAAGGGGGCCAUUUAUGGUAUCAUGGCAUUGAAAAAGUCCUUCUGAAAUAUUUUGAGUAA